CAAAAGUGCACAUGGUUCACCUGUGCGUGGUCACCUUGUUAGGGCGGAUCGCGAGAUCAACUCAAGUUCAUGUAAAUAAAUAAACCAACAGAGAUCUCGAGCUGUGUCGAGUGUCGAGACGUCAUCUGGAUAUUAUUCUGCAAGAUGCUGACUAGUUUUGACUCUGGUGAAUGGGUUGAUGUUCUGUAGCCGUCCAUAACAAAGCACAUUUCUGAGAACAACACACACAUGUAAAUAAUUUGCAUUCAUGUCAACAAAGCCAACUCAAGAUUCUGUGAAAAUGGUGAAACAGGCAGAUGUUCCUCGUACAUAUGACCCUGAUGGACUGCGGAGACGCGCAGCAUGUUUAUGUUUCAAAGACAGAUCGGAAAAAGAGAUCUUGUUGAUAAGCUCCACCCAUGAUGUGACAAAGUGGGUUGUACCUGGAGGUGGAAUUGACCCAGGGGAGGAGCCAGACACAGCAGCAGCCAGAGAGGCCUUAGAGGAGGCAGGGGCUGCUGGUGUGAUUGACAGAUUACUGGGCGUGUUUGAGAACUCUGAGAAGCGCACAAGAACAUGGGUGUAUGCCUUCUAUGUGGAGCAACUACAUGACGACUGGACGGAGGCUCGAAGUCUAGAUCGGCGAAGAAAAUGGUUUCAGCUAAGAGAUGCCAGGCAGGCACUAUCCGACUUCAAACCCCUCCAGGUUAACUACCUCAACGUCAUGGAGAGUGCGAAGGUCAAAGCGUAGCGGCGCGCCCCAGUGGCGGUGAUGGGUGUGGUCAUGUGUCGUCGUGGUCCCUGGAGGGGCCAGUGUUGUAGCAGUCAUCGGUCCGACAUCUGGUCGUGGGUGAUACCACAAAGGUCACAAUGCUUGUUGCUUUGAUGCAAGACAAGCACAAGUGUACAUAAUAUUUAUAUAUGAGAGAGAGAUAGAUGUAUUCUAUUUAUUACUAUAUUGUUUGUGUGAGUCUGAAAGCAUGUAACUUCAUUUGAAAAUGAAUGGAGAUACGUUUUUUGAGGCUCCCACCAACCGUGUAUGAUAUUUAUAAAUGAAAAAGAAAGACAUGCAUUAUGAUUAUUAUAUUGUUAGUGUGAGUCUCAAACCAUACGUAACUAUUAUCUCAAAAGUGAGUGCAGAUAUUUGUUUUGAGGAUCAGACCAACCAUGUAUAAUAUUUAUCUGAGAAAGAAGGAUAUGUAUUAUGAUUAUUAUAUUGUUAGUAUGAGUCUCAAACCAUGUAAUGUUAUGUCAAAAAUGAAUGCUGGUACAUGUUUUAAGGCUCACACCAACUGUGUUAUGCUUGGUAUGACAUCUUUGUGGCCUAUGCAAACAAAGCUGUAAGUCGUCAGCAGUUAGAUCAGGAGAUUGAACUACCUAGAAGUCAGUCUGAGCAGAUGUACUAUUUUAUGACUUUUUAAAAAGUCUGUGGCACUUAAUGUUCUGAUUAAACAGGAAAAUGAUAAAGUAAAAACUCUUUAGACUCGAAAGGAAAAUUAGUCUAUUGUUUUUACACCUUUUAAAAAAGCUUUCAAAAUACUAUUUGUUGCAAUUUAGAGUUCCAUUGAAGCGUGGCAAUGUAUUUAUAUGGUAGCCAGAGCCUUUCUUGUAGUGCUUCCAAAUUUGGUGUGGAUGCAUUUUUCGUCGUCUACUCCUCAAGGACUCCUCCAAUUCAUGAAAAAUACUUCAGAUUGGUACAUAACUCAACUCAAUUACCAAGGAUACACCUCUAUGGUUGCCCUUGCAAACACUGUCAGCUGUGGAUGUCUCUUGUUUCUAUUGUUUACAAUAUCAGAGAGAAUUGGAUACGCCAUGGAGAGUCCACUUUUGAUAAUUGUUUCAGUAAUUCUGAGCUUUAAAGUAUGCACUACUAUACUGUAUUGAGAAUUGAGGUACAAAUGAGCUGUGCCACAAGUCAGGCAUGUAAAUAUCUGUUUUGAGGAUAUUUUGCCAGACUGACAAUUCAUAUAAGUUUUUGCAUGACUGUGAUAGUAACUGUUUGUCUCUUAAUGGUUUUGUUAUUGUGGUGUUGUAAUGAGUUGGCUCCUUCACAUGAUAAAUUUUCAACUCGGUACAGUUGCACCUGUCCAAGACAACCACCUACUGUCAAUGAAACUAAUGAUCUUCUUAGACAGGUGGUCUUAAUGGACAAAUUCAUUAUAAUGUCGAAAAAACACAAGGGGGGGAGGGGAGAUUGGUAAGUGGUUGUUUGUGCAGGUGAUUUCCUUGAACAGGUAGUCGUCAGGGCAGGUCUGACUGUACACCUGUUUCAUAAUUUUAAUUUAUUCUCUUAAAUGUACAGCGAAUAUAAUCCGUUAUGGUUGUUACGCGCUGAGCGGUGCUGUCAAGUUUUAUCUCCCUGGAUGAGCGGCGUGUGUGCCAUGACUGACUUCACUAAAUCAUUGAGAACUUGUGAAUAGUUCAUGGCUAGCCUUCCAGUAUAAUGUCAUUUGAUUAUUUGAUAUUUUGGUCAGUGUGUCCUUUCAUUCACGGGGGAGGGUGGAAGAUUGGUUAUUGAUAGUCUCAUGGUAAUAAAACAGAUAGGCUUUACAGAUGGUACAAAUGUCCAUUCAAAAGUGAGCUGAUAAAUGUAGCCAACACAGCUCUUUUGUAAUGAGAAGUAGAAGAAUAAAGUCAUUUUGGUGACUGACUGACUCUUAGUCCUGAAGUAGGCUAACGUGUGAGAGAAAAGAAGAGUUGUAAAUGGGAGAUUUUAUUCAGAUGUCUCCUCACACCUCACAUAAAAUAUAAAUUAAUGAUAUGUGAAAAUUGUGGAAGGGAUUUUUUUUUUUCUUCAGUGGAGAGUUAAUAUUGAAAACUAGUGUUUAUUAAGCGUCAUGGGCAUUUCUGUUUCUAAUAAAGGGAUUUAUUGUUAGACUUUUCAUUGAUCAUAUUUAAGUUAUGGAGAUAACAGUGUCAGGGUGACUGCCAAUGUGGCAAAAAGAGAAAGAUUUUCCAGGGGCGUAAAUCGCAACACCCAUCCGAUCAUCACAGCGCGUGAAGCAUUUAACAAAAGCUUUUUACUUACCUUAUUUACAAAUGUAUACAACACUGUGCUCAUAUGACCUUAUGCUGUUGCGAGCGCCGUAAAACCCUUUACUAAAAAACAAACAAAAAAACCCCCACUGUGCACAUGGUUUGCUGCUACCUCAGAGACGAGGAGAUCGAGCCGACUUGCAGUUGCUGUUUUAGCACUUUGAUCUUUCUGCAGAGUCCGUGGCUAUCAUGGGACAGGUUCAGGUUGUCAGUCCUGGAAACUCUGUCUUCUUUCUGUUCCACAGUCUUUUCCAGGUUGUCUCUGGUUUCCUUAACAUUAAAAUCUAUUUCAAGAUGGGCCGUUUUCCUCUUUCUCUUCCUUCCUUUCAUCUUUAGUUUUCUGAUCUUGAGAUUUUGGAAAAAAGAAAGGACAAACAAAAUCGUACAUAGACAUCACAUCUUCAAUGCCAGAGUACAGAGUGAGACUGAACAUAAGAGUUGUUUCCAGAAAAAUGGGAUUUAUACUUUGAAUUCUAAAUUUUGGAAAGAACCUCUUCACAAAAAACUGUUUUACAAGGAAAUAGGAUGGCAAUGAUGAAAAAAAAAAUGAAGGAAAUCACUAGGCUCUAAAAUUCCACCAACACACCUUGCUCGUGCAUUGGAAGUUGCAGCAAUCCAUCUUCCCAUCGAUCACUACCUUCUCCAGGCCACCAACAGAUCUGGUGUAGUCCUCAACGACUCUGCAAGCUAGUCCGCCGGACUCCCUUUGGUUGACACAGGUCAGCUGUUGGUUUAUGCUGAACCCAUUUUCCACCUCGGCUUGUCCAUGUGACAGGCAGAGAACCAAUGAAAAAUCACUCGAGGGAGCAAGGAAGUCUUUCCCAAGGGAAGACCAGAAGGUGUCCAGUCUCUCUGUGUUUGAAGUCACACAACAUGCUCCCUCUUGACAACUACUGAACACCCCUAAACUCCUCGAGGAAUUUGUCUCCGUGUUCUGCAGUUGACCAGAUGGUCCAAUGUAACCUCCAGCUUUUUAACAGCUGUGAAAAAAUACCAGCUCCCAUGAGCCAUUGUGAAAGCAAUUUAACCCGAUAUACAGUGAACUUAGACAAUCAAUUGUAGAAGGAAAGAAAUCAACUUGCUUGGUUACUUGGUUGGAAAAUAGGUAUUAUGCAAGUGGUACAUUGCCAUAGCUGCUCCUCCCUCCUAUCCAGGAUCCAUGAAAGUAGGGUUGGCUUGCUGACAGUGGAAAGAAAUCAACAAUCAGUAUAACCAAAAAGGAAUAAUUUACUAAUCACUAAAUGCUUUCAAAUAUGCAAUGCAAGCCAUCUUGAAGCAAAACAUUGACACCCUGUAUCUUGCAAUCACUGGGGUAAUAAGUGGAAGUGGACUUGUUGUCCAUUUGCAAAACAUAAAAUUAAUAACCUUCUAUUGAUAUUUAAUUAGAAAGGUGCAUUAACAGUUCAAAUUUCCUUUGAUCUCAGAUCUGCCAUACUCCAAAACAAAGUGGCAAUGUACUCUCACUUGAAAAUGACUGGGCACUAAAAUCUUUUAAAAAAUUAAAUAUAUAAGACGACUGAAAAUAAAAUGUGGGUAAUUGAGUUGAUGUUUUAACUGGUUAAAAAAUUGUAAAAAGAAAAACUUACACUCCUCCAGAGCAACAUUUGCUGGAAUGGCCCAGUCCAGAUUCUGCACCUAUGAGUACUUCAGAGAUGACACUCUCGGCAAUUCGUUGAUGAAUGCAUACACAAAUGAGCAAGCCUCCAACCUCGGCCCCAUUAGUGCCUUGUUUGAAGGAUGGUCUUUUUGGACUGCCAUUGACCUCAAUAGUCGAUUUGCCUUAAAUCUAAGGUAAAUAUUUGCUCUGGGUUUGACUGUAACUGUUGUGGCUGUCAUCAUGGUCAGGCCACCAAUAGUAUUUCCUUCAAGGCAUUGUGAACUGUGUGCAGACUGCCAGUUCCCAGGUCUAUGAUGCGUUCCUGGUGAGAUGCCUGAAAAAAAAAUUGUAUUAAAAAACCCCCAAACAUAUUAAAACAAACAACCAUGGGUAUUCACUGGCUAAUAAAUUGACUAAAACAUGAGUGGUACAAUAACCAAAUACAGUGAAACCCGCAAAGAAAGAACUUCACAGAACUAGAGAGUAGUUUAAUUUUUUGUGUUAAGGGAAUUUGCAUUACAUAGAAUAAAGAGGGGGUAAAAAACCCUGGAAUUUGAAAUCCUUUUGUGGUAUCAGGAAUUCAUGUCUGACAAAGUCUACUGUGAAUAUACAUCAUUCUUGCAAUACUGAUCUAGUUGCAAACAUUGCGAAAGCAGUCGCAGCGCUUUCUUAUUAACAUUUAGGGCAUCCAUGAAGGGCAGGCGGAUGGUACUACAUUCAACACCCUGCAAUCACUCUAGAAGUCUCUCCAUAAUCUGCUUCGCAGUUGCAUGACCCAUGAAUCAUGAGGUCAGGUACCAUAUCACCACCUGUGAGGAAGACCGGCCGACAAAGAAUAAGGACACGGUGAAUUAUUUAUAAUCAUUUUCACACAAAACUAGUGAUGUGACCGACUCUUCCAACAUCCACACUAUCUUCUGCACUAUUCACCUAGAGCUUUCAUUAGAACUGGAAACCAAGUUUACCUACAUUUAAUACAUUUACAAUAUUAAAGGAAAAAACUGAGCUGAGAACACCAGAUUCAAAUAGAAUAAUUGCAUCAUAGAUAUUGUAAGUAUGAUGUUAACAUUAUGCGAGUUAGUACACAAAAACAGUGAUAAACAUGAGCAAUCAAAUAUACAUGAAUAAAAAUAUUAGGCCUAUGUGGAUAUGACAGGUAAUUUAAGCUGAAUCAGUGCCUGUGAUGUAGCGAUUGGGCGCUUUGCCAUCACAAACAGGAGACCCAAGGUCAAACACACGUGGGGAGAAUUUUUAUUGAGUAUUUCUUUCUCCUGGGAGGUUGUAUGUAUCUCUCUUAGCCCUGAUUGGCCCUGACAGGCGUAGUCAAAGCCUGUCCCUAAAUGAUCUAGAUUGUGUCAAUAGGGGAAAAAAAAAUUCAUCUAGUUAAAACUACUCACCAGAUCACCCAUCCAGAAGUGUACGUCAACAUCCCUCUGCUUUUUAGUCAUGAGGUAGCACAAGCUUUUGUCAAACAGAAUAAUGUAGUGGUUGCAAGCUGUCAGUCUCUCUGUGAGCAGUCCACUGAGGUGAGGGGUCAAUCCAUGUGACGCAAUGUAAUUACACUUGUCCUUCUGGUUCUUCCAAGAGACAUUUGGUGAGCAAUUGCCGAAUUGGAAAAAAAUUGUGCGAAACAUAUCACACACAUCACUUGCACUUCUAAUAAUAAUAAUAAAUAAAUGGCAUUUGUAUAGUGCAUGUCCUCACUCGAAAGCAAGCUCUAUGCGCUUUAAACAAUAUUAAUGUAUUCUGAAUGACAUGUAGGUCAAUAUGAUUGAUUUUCAAGGUCACAGAAUCUCUGCUUUCAUAGUGUCUGCAGCAUUAGCUGUAAUUUCUGCAGUCUGGGUUUCUGUCAUGGACACUGACACAGAAAUGGGUUUUUUAGACACAAGAAGGACACAUGGUGCUUAUUCACUGUCAGGGAUUGACAGAAUGCUGCUGACAGCACUGGAGGAACUCAGACUGGAAGUUGAAGCAGAAGAACAAAAAAAGAAAAUGCUGACGACUUAAGUAUUCUUGCUGGAGAGUUGUGUAGUUCCAUAGCCUUCUUGUGACUCUCACUCUUGGCUCGGAUGACGAGACCACCAACAACCAUUGAUGAAAUUCAACUUCUUUACCCCUUGUGGACCUAUUCUUUCCCUUUCAAAUGAUACACAUAGCUCUGUUCUGAGAUGUUCUUUCCUAGCCAUUUGUUGAAGCAGUUGCUCGAAGACCAUUUUCUCUGAAAAGAGGUUACCUUUGCCAUCACUCUGGUCUGAUGACGUUCAUGUGUUGAACUAAUUCUGUAGUCUAGUUAGGUCUGAUAAAACCAAAACAAGUCUCUGUUCAACAGCGACAGUACACUUGCUGUACCGUGACCACAUCAACACAAUAUUAAUAUAAUAUUAAAUAUGUUGCCCUAGUUAGUUAGAUUCUAGGUGGCAUCAAUGGCCUAGUGGUUAAGCUAUGGGACUCAUAAUUGUGAGAUUGUUAGGUCGGGGCUCGGGCCUCAGCUCGGUCCGAUGUUGUAUCUUAGAGAAAGGCGCUUUACAUGAAUUUCCCUUUUGGCUAGGUCCUUUUGGAGAUGGACGUUAAACUCGGAGGUCCUGUUUUUAAAAUUACCAUGACCUAAUAGUGUUGUUAAGGGUGUUAAACCUGUACUAUUUCAGAACAAUUUCUAGAUUCUAGACGUAGAAUAUCUCGAGUCAAAAGCAGAAAAAUAAACGCAAGUGGAUGCAGACAUUAGAACAAAGGUUCUCUCUUACCAUCUUUCUAUACAUCACAAGGUUCACCUCAUGAAAAAGACAAUGAGAAAUGUGUGAGGCACCUGGCGUGCCUCUAGGCUUCUAAUACUAAUGUAAGUACCCUCAAAUUCUUUGUUUGGACAGGAGCCUAUUGAUUGCAUUAUAGGUGUGAACUUCACACUACUUUCGAUUUCAUACCGAUGGUAUACUUCUAGUUGACUCAAAUAGUGCAAGUUGUAUGAAUACUUGACAUAAAAUCUUUGACACAAGACUAUGCUGAUGAGAUUGAGUAUGUAAAAAAAACCAUGUCACCCGAAGUGGAAACUCAAACUAUGACGUGCCCAAAAGAAUUGGCAGUUUUGGGAGAGAAAAAAAUGAAAUAAAAA